AUGCGCGCGAUCGCGGCUUCUCCCGCGCGUCCCCGCGCGCGCCCCUCCGCCGCGUCCGUCGUGAAACACCGUUCUCCCGGCGUCGUUCGCGCCGGUAAAUCCACCCGCGGGCUCUUCGACGACGUCCUGGACAUGUUAGAGGGUGGGAAGAAGCUCAGGCGUUGGUACGGCUCGGACAGUUCCGUCGGCGCGCGCGGCGCCCGCGCGAACGACGACGCCGACGACGCCGACGACGACCCCUCCGUGAACGAGACCGCGCCCGAGGACGAGGACGAGGACGUGGAGUUGGAUGUGCCGCGCACGGCGAUUCUCGUCACGAAUGCGACCGGGACGCUGGGCGAGAGCGUGUGCGCGCGGUUGAUCCUGGCCAAGGCGAACGUCGUCGCGGAAGUGGGCGAACGCGAACGCGCGAGUGCGGAGGGGCGGUUCGGGCCGUACGCGCGGUUGGCGAGCGAUGCGUGGUCGGUGGGGGCGCGGUUGAACGGCGUUCGGGCGGUGGUCGCGUGCGGCGCGUUGGACAGCGGGUUCGUCGACGCGUGCGUGCGACGGAAGGUGAAGCACAUCGUGUUGGUGUCCUCGGCGAAGAGCGCGAGUAAUGGAUUGUUCGCGAGCGCGGAGGAGAAAGCGCGGUGGGAUCGUGGGAGAGAGGCGGAGUGCGCGGCGAGCGGGUUGGCGGUGACGGUGAUACGACCGACGCGGGUCAAGGAGGCGCCGGGCGGUUCAAAGGAGAUCGUCUUCGCGCAGGGGGACACGGCGAGCGGGGAAAUCACGGUUGAAGAUCUCGCGGAGACGUGCGCGCGAGCGCUGACGAAACCGCCACGCGCGGGUACGGCGCUCACGUUUGAGGUGUCGAACGGUUCCGAAGCGCGGAGCGAGCGCGACGAUUGGAACGCGCUCUUCAACUCGCUCAAGGCGUGA